AAGAAGGUUAGUCCUCCCACAGUGGUCCCUGUAUUUGUAAGUGUGGACCCCGCACGUGACGAUGUGGAACGUUUGAAAAACUAUGUGAAAGACUGGCCGGGACUGGUCGGGUUGACGGGCAGCCAUGAGAGCAUAAAUGACAUCACCAAGAAGUUCAAAGUUUUCAGUGAGAAAAGUCUGAUAUUGGAUGCUGACAAUUACUUGGUGGACCACACCUCCCUUUAUUUCUUCAUGUCUCCCGAGGGCACCUUUGUAGAGUACUUAUACCCCAGGGAAAUGGAUGAAGAAGAAAUUGCUGACUGGAUGUACAAAACUACCAAAAGGUACUGGUUAACAAACACAUGGCUUUAUAAGAAAGCCUUAAGCCUGACUGAAAGGAUACAUACGUUUCUGAUGGCGAGGCGUAAAGAGAAAAUUGAGCAAAAAAGGAAGGAUCUGAGGGAACAAAUGCUUGCAAGAACCACGAAAGAUGAGAGGUCUUGAUGUUGAUGUUGGAUAAAAUGGUGGAACCUAGCAGUUUCUUCACAUUUCUCUAUUUUGUGCUUUUUUUUUGUGAGUUAAAAAACAAGGAUAUCCAAAGGUCAGAUCUGUGUAAUGCAUCUGGUGGUUUAGUUGGACCAAGAAAACUGGUGACGUAGGGAGAUAAAGGUCAAGGUCAAAUUGUGGGUUAUAACCUACGUUAAGGAUCUACAUCUUUGAUGUCACCGUCACUGACUACACUGGCUGAAUAUUACACCAAAAUUUAAGUCUGCAUUUUUAAAUUGAUAUUUAUUUAAUAUGUCUAUAAAACAAAAUG